AUGCUGCCUUCGAAAUUGAUAGAGUGUUUUGGCACCAAUAAUAUCCUUGAAUGUAUAGCUAAUAACCGCAAUCCCAUACAUUCCAUGCGGUUGGUAGAUUGCUUGAAUAUUUCAGAUAAAGGAUUUAGUAAAGCUGUGAGAAAGCUUCCUCGAUUAGAGAUGGUUGAUAUUUCACUUACCAGAUUAUAUGAAGACUUUAUCGAAGUCCUUGCUCGAUCUUUCCCUCUUUUGAAGUCACUUACAUAUUAUAUUGGAUGGCUGUUGGAAUAUCGUGAGUCUAAUGCCAUAGCUUUUGUUAUCGCUAAAAUUGUGUCUGGAUUAUGCGAUCUUGAUAUUGGAGGGCACUAG